AUGAGUGUGUUCAAGAACCAUAUUGAAUAUUUUGGUUAUAUUCAUGAAUGGACAACUGCCGACAUGAUGUACGCAUACUUUGUGGAAGCUUCAAGGGUGAUUAAGGAAGCGUGUAUGCUUAUCGUCGCCAUGGGCCGUGAAGCAGAGAACCCGACUCAACUGCUAUACGACUGGUGGAAAGAAGUACGGAAUGAUCAGAUAGAGCAUAACGUACGCUAUACUCUGAAACUAAUGUUUGAUGCUUAUCCUCAAGACUAUUGCCGAGGAGAGGCUGUCCUGUUCCCAAUCAGACUUCAGUAUUACGAGGUGUACAUGCAAGAGCUCCACGAGAAAAUCGAUGCUCUUCUCGGUUACCCUCCAGCAACCAUGACUGAAAUCUUAAAAUAUGGGGCAUCGACCAUCAACUUCUUCCAAAACGUGCAGUAUUGGGCGCACAUAUAUCCAACGCUUUUUCAAAGAGGAUUCAUUAAGUAUCUUGUAUGGUGUGUUGAACAGUACAAUAAACCCGAAAUUCAAGAAAGCCCCAAAAAGAACGAUUACCGAUUCCCAUGUUACGAAUCGUUCAGAGAGUGGUGGGAUGAGAACAAGGACACGUACUAUGAUUGCAUAGAUGCGGAAGGGGAUGUCAAUGUGGCAUACACUCGAAGUGUGGCGAAAUAUGGGACGCCAAACAAGAGUGUUCUCUUUGCGUAUAGAAAUAGCCAUUCGUCGAUAGAUUGGGAGCAUUUGGGACAAACCUACACACAACCGGUCUAUCUGGUGAAGGAUGAUAAUUACAAACAAGUGAGCGAAGCGCAAGCUUCGAAUGAUCAGACGAAACAACAGACGAAGUCACGGAAGAAACGGCAGAAGAAGCCCAAGUGCACCAACUGCAAAAAGAAACAUCGUGGACAAUGCAGAAAGCCGCCAUCAGAGCUGAAGGUGGACGGCCAGGCGCCAACGAUUACCCAAGAACAAUUGUGGGAGAUUUAUGAAAUGCUACACAAACUUAAGAUUAACAAGAUGGAGAAAGCUUAA